ACUAAAAAAAAAUAUAGAAAAAAAAGCACACAAGGUUUGAGACUUAGAAAGUUGGUAGUCGCAGAUAGAGAGAGUGAGUGCCGCAUCCUUGUUUCUUGCAGAAUCCGCGUGGUAACGGCGGCUAAACAAUUUCCGAUCAAUUCACUCCACAAGAUUUAAUGGCGGCGAAGUUGCAGCAGUUGCAGUCCAAAGCAUGUCAAGCAUCUAAAUUUAUAUCCAAGCAUGGAUCUGUUUACUACAAGCAAUUGUUGGAGCAGAACAAGCAAUACAUUCAGGAACCUCCUACCAUUGAGAAAUGCAAUCUUUUGUCUAAGCAAUUACUUUACACUCGCCUAGCUAGUAUUCCGGUUCGUUGUGAGGCCUUCCGGAAGGAACUUGAUUAUGUCAAGCAAUUAUGGAAGAACAAGCAAGAUUUAAAGGUUGAGGAUGCGGGCAUUGCUGCUUUGUUUGGCUUGGAAUGCUAUGCAUUGUUUUGUGUUGGUGAGAUUGUUGGAAGGGGAUUUACUUUCACAGGUUACUAUGUCUGAAAAUAGCCACUUCCAAAUGUAGGUUUUUGCAGUGCUAUAUAGUCGUUUUGUCAUUUAUAUACCGGAUAAUGGGCAUUCUGAAUGGCAAUGUGUUAUUCUGUUUUUUAUUUUGAGAGAGAACAUGGUUGAGUAACUAGUGGUUAACUUUGAUGAGCCUCGAUAACAAUAAUCCCUUGUACUUGAAGCGGGAAGGACCUUUCUUUGUGCGUUUAUAUCAUGUUGGAAAGCUUGUGGUGCUACUUUUCACUGACGGUGCUCCUGCAAUUUUUAAAAAUAAUUCUUACAAAUGUUUAAAUGAUAUUUGUUAUUUAGCUUACAAA